GAGACAGUGCUGGCCGCUUUCUGGUGAUGUCACAGACGGUCCGGAGUUUAUAGCAGAAAAGAAGAAUGCUAUGAUCAAGUAAAUAUUGGUAAGUAAAUAUUGAAAAUCUUUUCCAUUUUAUUCAAGAAUUGUCUCACGAUUUUCCGCAAGUUCGCUUGCAAUUGACAACCAAGCUGCCCUUUAUAUUUCUGAUUCAGCUGAUUACAUAAUUCCGUACAUUUGUCUUCAGAACUCCAGAUAGUCUAAUGAAAUGCAAUGAAUUACUGACAGCAGCAAUCAUCUGUCCUCUGUUCAUAUGACUUUGUGCUUAGCAGAAAUUUGUCUGAUCCAUAAUUUUGGAAUCCACCCUCGUGCUGACCCCGUCCCCUCCCUCACUGCCAAUUAUUUUAUUCACACAUUCAAAUGUGAGUGCCAUUCCAUUUAACAUACCCCCCUCCCCGUCAACAAAGUACUUUGAAAUUGUGGGCUAAAUUCUUGGGAAACUUGAGCAGCACUCCAAUUUUCCGAAGCAAGUACAGAAUACAGGGCCAUAUUUUAGAAGUGGCUUGGUGGCUCCGUAUUGAAGAACGAGAUAGAUAUGAGACAUAAUUGUAAAAAUAAAAUGGACAUAAAAAAAGGAUGUAAAAGUAUAAAAGUUUAAGAGCAAGUACAUGUAUAUAUUUUCAUGGCUUGGUGGCUUGAUGGCUCUUCAGUCAAGGUUAUAUAGUUUAGUAGCUCGAUGGCUCAUUGGCUUGCUCAAAAGUCAGGACUACUAAGCCACCGACCGAGCCACGCCAAUAAAUAUACCUAGAAAAUUUGCCCUGUAUUCUGUAGUUAAGCUUAUCUCCCCUUCCUGGUAUAGGGGCAUUGCAGUGCCAUGCUUGCUAUAUUUCUCAUUUUAAUUAUAAGAUGAAUAGCUUGGACACUUGCCCAUUGAGUCAGUGAUCAGCUUUAAGUGUAGUUUUCACUAGCGCAUAAGUAUAAGCAUAAGCACAAGUACAUGUGUAAGCAAAUGAAAACUGGGUCGACAUAAGCAUAAGCACAUGAAAAACAGACAAGUUCUUUCUUCUCGUGCUUAUACUUAUGCUUAUGUUGUAGCUUUCAUUAGUGAAAACUGGGUUGACAUCAUAAGCACAAGCACAAGGCCGUGGACCAGUCAAAGGCCACUUUGGCCCAGACCUCAUGUGAACAUUUCAAAGGCAAUAUGGCAGAUGCUUCGUACCCCAUCUUGUCUAUCAUAUCGGGUUGAGGAGAGCUGGUAUCGAGAAUUGAGUCAAGUAUGCCAUUCUGUGCGUGUGUAUGUCCUUAUGCUUAUGCUUUAGCCUGUGAACAGGCUCUCGGUUCUUUUUGGGGAAAAAAAUAGCGAAGGGAAAGAAAAGGGGGGGCUUUUCCCUCUCCCCAGUUCCCCGCUCGACCAAAGGCCUGUUCACAGGCUACUUAUGCUUAUGCGCUAGUGAAAACCAGGCUUUAGAGGUAUUUUGUCCAGCAAGAAAAUCCUCUUGUCCAGGAUAAUAAGACAGGCCUUUUUCAAGCUUUGCAAAAUAAUCUUAUCUCAAAUUGAUAAGCAUGUGAUAAGUGUGAGAGAUAUACAGCUGCAUACAUGUAUAUUACUGCAAUAUCCUCACAGAGAUCCCAGUUACAACACUCUCUUAUUGUUGAAUACUCUUGUCAUUGUUCUCUUUUUAGAAAAUAUAUUAAGAUGUUUAAUAUUCAAACAUCUAAUCAAGUUCUAAAACAAGCAAAACACUUGAGGCAGAUAGCUCGGCGCAUAUCACGUUCCCUUGGUCCUGGAUCAUCCGUCCUUAACAGCUUGCCAGAGCGGCUUAUUCAAGUUCACCCAGAAGUUGCGGAGGCCCUUGUCAGAAGAAAACCUAUUGUUGCUCUGGAAUCAACCAUUAUUACACAUGGAAUGCCUUAUCCAGAAAAUAUAAGGUAUUGAAAGAUCUAUUCAGUGUCAGAGGCCUCUUAUGGGCAGCUCUAUAUGUUGAAAAAUAUUAUGGCCAUACUAUUCUAGCUACAGUGUUUUACAAGUAGUGUUUACCAUUACUUGGUAAACUUUGGUUAAUGUUAUGUGCAUUCAUUCACCAUGAACAUAACCAAGACAACCAAAAUUGUAUACAGCUUAAGAGACACAACAUUGACUCAACUGCUUGUUGAGUUUUUUAGAUGAGCUCAGAAUUAUUUUUUUAAGACCCGCAAUCUUUAAUGUCUAUGUAGCACUGCCUUCGCUUGGCCUGCUUUCUCAGAUUGGACCUCACCUCAGGCUGGCACAUAUUACAGCUACACUAGUGUAUUACAAAACUUCCAAAAGCGGUGGUAGUGACAAUCAUUCUUACAUCUACUACCAGAGCACUUGUUUCCAGAAUUCCACCUUGUGUACCAAAAGUGGUGACCAUCACUGAGGGGGGAGAAAUAAGAACUGUGUCCCAUUGUAUACCGUCGUAUGGUAUGCAGAAUAGUGGUAUGCAGUCCCAAGUAAAACAAAACAAUUGUCCAAAGCUAGGCUUGGUGAAUCCUCAGUCUGGAGAUCAUCAUCAUCUUUAUCAUUCUGAGUCUCCCCAGGCAAUGUCAUGCAACAUGCUACCGCCCAACAUGCAUGCCUUUUAUUCUUUCAAGGAGACAAGACCUGCAAUCCCUUAUUAAGGGGGUUAAAAUAAGUUAACAUGCUAAAUAAUCAUGAUGGAGUAUUGUUCCAUCGUUAUGAAUUACUGGUGCUACAAUUAACUUCUUUGUAGAGUUGCAAAAGAUGUACAAAAAAUUGUGAGAAGCAAUGGGGCAGUACCAGCCACAGUGGCCAUAAUGGCUGGAAAAAUACAAGUGGGUAUGUACUGUACAAAAAAGAUUUUUACUUCUUGAAUGCAUGGCUUCAUCUAUACUGUUUAAUAUUAUUUAAUAACAGAAAAAACACAAAAGGAUCCACUUACACUGCUAUAUAUAGUGAUGACUUUUAUUUCUUCAAAAUGGUACAAUUUUGCAAAUAUACAAAUGUUCACACCUUUAUCCAUCCAUUGAUUGACAUUUAAUGAAGUGUCAUAUAUUUGAAAACCACUUAGGGAAAAGCAAUCACCUUCAGUUGUCAUUUGUUUUGCACUCAGUGGGGAUAUGAAAUAGUCACAUAAUUUGAAUAUUUAGUACACUGUAAGUUAAUUUGGUUGUUGUUUGUUCAUGUCUUUGAAAGGUUUGUCUGAUGACGAUUUAGAGAUGCUUGCUCAAGACACCAGCGCUUUAAAAACAUCAAGACGGGACUUGCCAUAUGUGAUCAGCAAGGUCUGGAUUAGCAUUUAGACAUCAUUAAAUUGUUAAGUUAUGUUAUCCUUGUGUGACGCAAAUACAGUUAGCCUCUGUUGGCUUGUUUUAGGAUGAAAAUUUGUGUGAAUUUAUAAGCAUGUACUAGCAAGAUAACAAAGCCUGUUUUUCAUGCAUUGACAGAGAAUAACUGUACUUGUAGGAUCAAAUCUAACAACCAUUGGGAAUGUUUAAAAAGUUAUUCAGGUAGUGAUAGUUUUACAUCAGCUGUUUUUAAAGAUUUCCUCUUAAUAUCUUUUUAUUUCUAAAAAAAAAUUGCUGCCAAAAUUUUAUUACAAAAUGUGUUGUAUGAUAACAUUUGAACUUGACAGGGUCUGACAGGAGCCACCACAGUAUCCAGUACAAUGAUUGCUGCUAACAGCACAGGUAUCCCAGUGUUUGUUACUGGAGGUAUUGGUGGUGUGCACAGGGGAGCUCAGUCAAGUAAGUUUUUAUACUGUGUUUUGUACAGUUUUUUUCUCUUCUGAAGAAUUAUGACAUUGAGAAGUUGUACCUUCCAUUAACCGUGACAUUAAAGUUUGCCAAACUGUAUUUUGACAGCAUUUGACAUCAGUGCUGACUUGACAGAGCUUGGUAAAACACCAGUAGCGGUAGUUUGUGCUGGAGCAAAAUCUAUUUUGGACAUUGGAUUGACACUGGAGUAUUUAGUAAGUUGUGUCUUCUGGUUGUUUGGUUUUGGGAAGAAUUUACUUAUAAUGAUUGUAGGUCCUGUCUGUCUGUCUGUCUGUCUGUCUGUCUGUCUGUCUGUCUGUCUGUCUGUCUGUCUGUCUGUCUGUCUGUCUAUCUAUCUAUCUAUCUGUACAUUUUUAAUUAUUUUUGUAGGAGACUCACGGAGUUCUAGUGGCCACAUAUGGAGAUACACUGGAUUUUCCUGCUUUUUUUACACCUCAAAGUGGAUUUAAGGUGACUGAUAGCUAGUGCAGUCAUUUAUUGUUUGUUUAUUAUUAACUUUGUAGAGGUGGUGUAUCCUUAAAUCGGUAAUUCUGACUUGUGUUUAAAGAUAAUACCUUUAGAGUUUUCCUUGUACGAUAAAACUGUAAUGAUCAACUGUAGACAGGGAAUGCUACAGUUAUUAUAAAGUAGCACAUUUGAAAGAGUUCUGCCAGUAUUCUUGACUACGUGUAAAUUGUUCCUAUUUCUUUCCCACAUUAUGUGGCUAGCAAUUAGCAGCUCUGACUCAAUAGGCUAUAAAAUGUUGCAAACUGUUAAAUGCAUGAAAACAUGCAAUAGCCAGACCAUGCCUGGGAUUAAACUGCAGGGAAAACUCCAAUUUGUUAAUAUUCUACAUGUGUGCUUUCUGAUCUUUGUUUUAAACUGUUGUUGUUGCAAGUUACCCAAACUAAUUUUCAGUUGACAUUGUUUGUGUGUAGUAUUUUGUAACAAAUCUUUAUCCAACAAAGUGAUGAAUUAAAGUUGGUGAAAUAAAAUGUUACUUGAGGUGAAAAAAGGGGAAAGUGCAAUUGAUAAUGGUAGCAAGCUCAAAUUUAAUGCUUUAAUGCUUAUUAUAGUCAGUCCUAAAGCAUUUGCUAAGACAGUCAUGUCUAAUAGCCCGGGGUUAGUGGAUUUUGCUAUCAAACUUGUAAAUUCUAUUCAUAGAGGAUAUUACACGGUGGUGCGAGGAUAUGAAUUUUAUUUUCGAGUGGCAAAACAAUAUUUUACGAACGAGUGCAGCGAGUGAGUAAAAUAUUGUUUUUGCCACUCGAAAAUAAAAUUCAUAUCUUCAAGCCGCCGUGUAAUGAACAUUCUUUUUAUUAUAUAGACAAAAAGACAUCGAUAAAAUAAUAGAGGGAAAUAACCGAAAUUACGUCAUUGAUAAACUCACGUGUGAGAUUAUGGAAAAUAAACCACUCAGGUCCCUGAUGUACUUUUUAUGAAUUUUAUGAGUGGUAUAUUUUUCAGUAAAACACUUGUGUCUAUAUAAUAAUAUAAUAUAAACUUGCCGGAUGGGCAAGUGAAGUUUUUUGGCAAGGGUUCAAAUUACAGAAGAACUGUAAUCAAUCCUGCUUAUCAAAACGUUUUUUUUCAAGCUAGUUAAAAUGACUGAUCCUGGAUUGCUAGCUACAGCUGGCUCGAAGGACAAGCUGUAAAACUAACUAAAGUUUCUUUGCAACCUAUCCAGUUGAGCUCUGUCUGCUCUAACAACCUGCUUCUUGAAAAAUUAAUAUUUGCAGUCUCCAUACAAUGUACAAUCUUCUGUGGAUGCAGCUAAAUUAAUUGGUAAGAUCAAACACUUUGCAAAUUACAAUCAUGAAAAUGGUAAAAAAAGGUUAUCUAAAGGUCCUUAGUGACAUAGGGUACUAACACAUCAACAGUAAUUAUAAGACUGCAUGAUAAACCUGAAGCUAAUGGCAUGCUCUGUUUUAAGGGUAUUUAAGGCCCCAUUUAAAGAAAAAAAAUUGAAACAAGGAUUUGAGGUCACACUUGGACUGUAUUGAACAAGGGUCUGUAUGCACAGAAGGCCAUGCACUAACCAAAGUGUGCCAACCCUAAUAUUGCUCUAAAAUGUUGCAAAAAAUGUUACAUGCCCCAUGCAGCAUAUACUGUUGUAGGCUCCUCAUCAAGCACAGCCAGCAUAAACAUUAUUUGCAGCAAUCCCAUGUUUUGAUUGCAUUUGCUGUUUUCCUCUGUGGCAUAAGGUUAUCAAUUAGUCUUGUGACAGAAAUUGUAACUUAUACCUGUUAAUAGUCUUUAAAAUUUUUGGCAUUUUUUGACAAGUGUGUACCAAUGUUUUGAUGUUGUUUAAAUGAUUCAGAUGCCAAUUUAUCCCUUGGGUCAACUAGUGGAAUUGUAAUAGCUGUUCCAAUAGCAAAAGAGCACGCUGCAUCUGGAGCUGAAGUUGAGAAAGCUAUUCAAUAUGCCUUACAAGAAGCAAGGUAAAAACUGGGUGUUAAUUUUCCUAGUAGAUAAUUAUAAAUGCCUUAAAGCAGGGGCACCCAACGAGAAUAUAGUUCAAAACCACUUAAACAUAGCAUUGUUAAACAUAUUUUAGUAUUUAAACGGUGGAUAAAGGCAUAUUUUUAUCCCCAUUUUUAAAAAGUAGACAAGCCUAAAGGAUCGACUUUCAGAUCACUAGGUUUUUAAUAUCCCUAGUUUUGAAUGGAAAAGCUUUUAAAGUCGGUCUUUUUUCCGAGGGCUUUUAAGAUCCACUGGAAAAAUAGGGAAAAAUCCGUUAAAAUAGGCAAUUAUACCAUUUCAAUAUAUGUUCGAAAAUCCUAGGGGAGGCAGGCAAGCAAGAAAUUUUACAACAAAUGUUCCGAAAAUUCUAGAUCUCAAAUCGUCUUCCGAACAGAUAUUUUUCCGAAAAUUGUCGUUGGGUGCCCCUGUUAAAGAGGAUUCAUGAUGACUGGUGUUUUUUAGGUACUGCAUACCAUCAUUAAUAAUUAAAAUGCACUUCUAUUUAUUUGAAUGCAGCAACACAAUUUCUCAUUGAUGACUUAAUCUGGCCCAAUUUGGAGAGGCAGAAUUAAAAAUCUGAAUACUAUUAUGAGUUGUUUAUUGAUUAAUUUUAUCAGUGGUUCAAGGAAUGUCCUUAAAAAUUGAAUGUCCUUGAAAAUUGACCAGGAAUGUUGAUUUCAUUUUAUGCUGGGUUUCAACUUAUUUCGACAUCCCUUUGUGUUUGAGUAUGAUAAUGAACUGAAACAGAAAAGUGAACCAUGACAUGUAUCUUGCAGGGCCAAGUUAACUAUAGAUUUAUUCUUCGUACUAAUUUUGUGAAGUUCGUGCAUUUAACGUUACAGUGAUCAAGGUGUUUUAGGCAAGGAGGUGACACCUUUUGUGCUGAAGAGAGUGAACGAACUUACAAAAGGACAGUCACUUCAAGCCAGUAUCCACUUUUUUGUACUUGAUUUGUAUUGUCUUAAUAUAAUUAUUAUUAAAUUACAAUCUCCGUCCAAGAUCCAAGUGCCACAUGAUCAUGGAUGUUCAAUGUACUUGCAGCAUAUCCACGCAAUUAAAGGAAGAUUGUGAUUUAACUUCAGGGGUAACUCACUGCUUUAUCUUAAUUUUAAAACUUUAAGAAGCACAGUACACUUGCCAUUGCUGCCUAUGGGACUUUAGUGGUACUCCACAUAUGGCCUUUUAAACGCCCAGGAAGUCUAUUUAAUUUUACGAGUCCAGCUGGGGGUGUUUAAUAGAUAACAGGGGUUUAAAAGGGGUUUAUUCUCCUAACACUGUAACAAGCUUAACAAAACUAAUAUGCUUUCAGCAAAAAGAUUAAAAGAGUUUAAAAAUAGCAGGAUAUCCACCCCAUCAAGUGAUCCAUCUAGGCCAUCUAGAGAUCCAUAUUACUCUUUCAAAUCCCAAAUCAGGGUCAUUGAAUGAAAUGAUUUCACUCCUUUUUUCUAAUUCCAAGUAUUUUGUAGUAAUUCUCAUAGGGGGCAUCUAUUAGACAGGGUGUGUGUAUUAUAGAGGGGUGACUAAUACAAUUUUAACAACGUAGAGGGGGCAUUUAUUAGAUGAGAUGCCUUUAUUUGGGAAUGGGUAUGCAUCUAUUAGGUCAUUUACGUUAAAGGGUGAGCUGUUUAAAUUGCUAUUUUGUGUUACAAGUGUAAGAUCUUAACUACCACUCUCAGAUAUAGCACUUAUAAAAAACAAUAGCCAAAUAGGAAGUUCAAUUGCUGUUGAACUCUGCAGAUUACGUAAACUCAAGGAAAAGAAAGAUGUGGUAAGUGUAGCUUGGAAGAGACACAGAAAUGGGUUCAUUUUGCAUGUCACCUCGGCCAACAGCUGAUGGAGUGUAACUGUUGUGGUUCAAAUUUAAUCUUUGGUUUGAAUUUUUGAGACCAUAUGGCCAUUAUCAUUUCUCUUUACAGAAUGUUCAAAGUAAGCUGCCAGCUGGAAUGCCAGAUUCAACCACAGAAUGGAGCACAUUAAAAAGACCAGUAAGUGAAUAUACUUAGUGCCAUACAGCUUAGGUUAUCUGAUGGCUAUCCCUGGGCAGUCAACAUGAAAACAGGAACCCCUGGGGUGGUUGAUACUUCUCUUAAAAAGAAAUUUAAAUAAAUGCAGUCUAUCAUUAUUGUAUUUUAAUUCUUUGCGAAGAGAACUAACUGAAGUCUGUUUUUUUGCUGUAAUAUUUUUCUCUCUCUUAUUUUUUUGAGGUUGUCAUUGGUGGAUCCAAUGUAGAUUUUAUUGCAACAGCUGAGAAAAUUAUUGUAAGUGCAGUUUUCUUUCAUCUCUGUAUGUUGGUGUUAAGGACUUUUACAACAUCUUUUAGUUACCUGUAAUUUAACUGGUUAAUGGAACUUUAACUGACACAUGUAUUCCAUCCCUGGUAGUUUAAUACCUUUUUUUCAUGUAUACAGUCUGAAGCAUCCAACCCUGGACAAGUGAGGAUGAGUUUUGGUGGAGUAGGAAGAAACUUAGCAGGUAUUGUUGUCUUAACUGGCUUUUUUAACCUUUAAAGCAUUAGUAAUUUCCGCAAGCAUAUUCACUAGUUUCAACAACACUGUGUGUGUGUUUGAGGUGAGGAGAAAAUUGUGUACAUUGGAUAUGCUAAAACCUUGUCGGUGACCCAAAGAAUUUUUGCUGAUGUUCUGAAUGUAUGAAGUAGAUCGCGAUUGGUAGUCAUGUAUGUUAUUUGACUUCCUCUGCUAGGGUACUGUUAUUGUUGAACUGCUUGGCUGUACUGCUUGUAGUUUUAUAUUUUUUGUCUACAGAAUGUCUGGCUCGUCUGGGGUCGAAGCCUGUGUUUAUAUCUGCGAUAGGAACAGACCCUCUAGGAGUUAUGAUGCUUAAACACUGUGAAGAAGUUAACAUGGUAAUAAAGUAGCUCCUUGCCGGCUCCCCAUAGCUCACUGUAUAGAGCGCCCACCCCGGUGUUCGUGGGCUCAUAGGUUCAAAACCUGCCGGGGACGUAAGAUUUACUUUGUCUCACUCUGACUUCAGUGACAUGGCGAUUAUAACGUCACGUUCCUCGUUCAUAACUAACCUUAAAAUUUACAAUUUUCAUUUAUCAUUAUUUUAGUUAAAAGUCAUUUACAAGACUGCUGACCUUGGCAGUAUGAAAGAUGCUUUUCCUCUCCAUCUUUUCUUCCUUAUUUUUUUCUCGCUCUCUUCCUUCGCGCCGCUUUCCCCUAUCCGAACGCAUGGAACAGGCUACCAAGUUUGAAAGAAACUCUUUUUCGCUUGCUUUUGGUAGAGAUGAAUCUCCCGUUGCGUUUUCUUAUCCUGUCCAUUACGUUAGGAGUCUUUACUUCCAGUGUAUCUAGAAAGCGCAAAAGCCAAUGUCGCGAAAGAGCAUUGCGAAAGUAAAUUAAAGUUAACCCGCGCGUCCUUGUCCCGCGGGGGAAGUCCCGAAAUGCGCAGAAAGUGUGCGCAGUAACAAUAGUGGGCAGCGUCAUUAAAACUAACGAAGAUAUAACUCCUCAAAGUGGCGAAAUUUUAUUGACGUUUGUAUGGUGGGGGGUGGGGAGGGGCACAAACUUGCCCCCCCCCCCUCCCCCAGCAUACAAGUGGCGACAGUUUUUCCCUAACUGGUCCAUGUCAAAAGUUGAAAAACCUCUGUGAAGGGUCAAUUACCAACCCUUUUCCCUCCCAGGGGCAACCCAACGACUGUUUUCUGUGAAAUAUAUGUUCGGAGAAGCAAAUAUUGCCUUGAAAUUUCUCGUACUUGAGGACGGCUAAAAAUUUCUAGAUGACCAUACCACUCAUGUACAGUUUUCUAAGCUUAUCUAAUCAAUUCCCUACGAUUUUCUGACGUUUAUUUUUCACAUUUUACUUCCCAAGUUAGGCCAUGUUUCGUAGGGAAAAGGAAACUAAAAUUUUCGGACUCAAAAAUGCAAUGGAGAGAGAAAUCAGAAAAUUUCUCACUUUCGUCAUGAUACGUCAAAUUGCAUCUAAAAUUUUCGGAAAAAUAAUACUGAACUGACUGAAGCCCUUGUAAUUUCGAGAAGACUCAAGUACCCCUAGGAUGACCAAACAGUUGCAAAUUUUAUAGCGCCGCUUAGAAUACAUUUCUAGACAUCUAAAAGUACCCUGGAUAGCCGAAAAAGUCUCAUCAAUGUAUUUAAGAGGAAACCGUCGUUGGGUGUCCCUGGUCUCCGGUUAGCUCGCUGUUUGUAAUAUUUUACACGUACAGACUACUCGUUCUACCCCCUUCUCCUCUUAAGCUCUAUAACAGUACUCACCUUUUUUCCACCUUCCAGGUUACACGAGGUAUUUAUACAUCUAAAGUAAAUCACACUGGUACUUACUCAGCGAUACUGAGUCAAGAUGGCGAAUAUCACGUGGCUGUUGGUGAUAUGGAUAUUCAUAAAGUUAUCACACCGGAUAAUGUAAGUUGCUUGCAAGGGAGGAGGGAAUUAAAAAUGUCACGACGGUGACGACACCAAUAACUUAAAAACCUUUGCACAUGCAUCACGCUUUUAAGUACAUCACUUUUUCCUAUGCUGCAUGAGUACAACGUGAAACAUGCUAAUAUAACGUUAUUAGGAGGUCGUGAACGUAAGGCGGUGAAUUUUCUUUCCUCCCUAAGAACUCAGUUUUAGAAAAAUAUGCCUACUUUUGACGUAUCUAGUGCUUUGGGAUACCGUAUUUAUUCGAAUUAGCGCCCAUCCUCAAAUUAGCGCCCACCGCGAAUAAGCGCCCAUCCCAAAGGCAGAAAAAGUUAAUAAGCUUCAACCCCCACCCAAUCCUUCUUUCCCCUCUCACCCAAACAAAAAAAAUUGAAUAAGGACUAUAAUAAGAGAGACUUCACCGCAGACGGAGUUUUCUUCAGAGUAUUUUACAGAAACCUUGCUUUUUUACAUCUUCGUGUUUGCUGUUACCAUUUAUUGUUUUGUUGCGAAACAAACAUACUAAACUUGCUGAAAAUAGUGAAGAUUUUAUAAGCGCCCAGCCUCGAAUAAGCGCCCACCUCGAAUAAGCGGCCAGUCUCAAGGUCCAGAAAUUUAAUAAGCGCCCAAGGUGGUUGAUCGAAUAAAUAUGGUAAUUGCGGUAACUGAACAGGCUGAUUCGCCCGAUGUUGUUUCGCCGGAACGUUAGUCGAUUAGCCCGAUGUCUACUUGUCGUUUUUAAAGUAGCGAUAAAGUUUAAAAGAAAGCGAGUGCCCUUUUAAGGUGACGUUUUCGCUGCCGUCUCUCUUAUUAAGCCCCCUAAUGUUAAGGGCAGAGGUGCUUGGCACAGUGAAUGGUAUCAGGAUCAAGACACACGAUGCAUAUGCGUUAUCUGACGACAAGUAGAUAGUGGGGACACUAAACAAUUAUUAACCUCACGCUAAAUUUCGGGGACUGUGACAGUAAUCUUUGUGGACCAAUCUUUUGAGAAAUUCUGCAUGUUUUUAAAGUCUGUUCCUUUAUAUUUUUUCCAUAAAUCAGCCAAUUUUUUCUAUUUUCUUUAUAUUUGUUAUUUUUGUUUCAUAUUUUUAUUGGAAUUUGUCAUGUAUUUUUUAUUGAUUUUCACUCUUACGUUUUUCGUAAUUUUGUACCCUGAUGUAAACUCCCGAGGGGCUGUGAAGUUGAAAGAAGUGUUUUGAGUGGCACAAGGUGGAAAAGGCUCAUUGGUUGAAUUCGGUCACAUGGGUUCAAUGCUUAACGCUGAUUGGCUAGUUGCUAAAGGACCGUCGCUUACUACUGUUUUGUUCUUACUGUUAGAUUUCCGCUUUUGAGGAACCAAUCAAACACGCUCCCCUACUGAUGUUGGACGGCAAUAUCACCCAAGAAGCUAUUGAUCAUGCGUGUAGCUUCUGUGCAGCCAAUCAUAUUCCAGGUAAAAAAGAAAUCAAAAGGAAAGUCAAAAUCAUAAGUUCUUCAACACAAAACUAGUUCCAGGUAGAACAUGAGCGAUGAAUAAAUGUACUUACUUUUACGAUUUAUUAGAGCAGCUGAAAACUAAUUUUCAUACAAAUUUUCGCUUCAAAAGGGUUCUUGGUUUUGUGAUAGAGUACGCUUGAAUUUCUAAGCUUUUGCGUGACGCGGCAUUUACAUGACGGCCAAGAGAGUUGUCAUUUAGGUUAAAAAAAUGACUUAUUUCAGGAAAUGUUGCUAUCUAAACAGCAAAUGUAUUCGAAAAAGUAUUACUUUAAUGUUUAUGAGUUUCUCGAAGAAUAAAUUCACGCUUUUGUAGCAAAACUCGGUAACAGAUGUUUGUGUUGGUUUCCGUCCUCCAUAUUGGAGCUCAUUCAGGUGAGCACCAGCAUGGCGUCUCCAUACAAAUCUCUAUAAGUUUGGGUAAAACAUUUCUUCGGAUAUGUCGUAUACGAAGUAUUCCUCUGACCUGAAUCUUGGCGAGGGUCCAUGUAUAUGUGCCUUCUUUCAUUUCCCAGAUUCUGGACGUUAUCUAUUGAACGGUUUUGAUUCUUAUUUUGAUCUAUUUUGAAUGGCGUGACACUGAAAACCAGCAGUAAGGAAGGCGGUAUACUAACGUUAUUUUUUUCGGGGUGAAGUACUAGCCUUAUAGACUGGGUUGUGUUGCUUACAAGAUUAUUCCAUGUUCUAAAAUACUCUUAGCAUUUUAGUGCAGCAAUCGUGUAGUUCCUUGGUGAGUAUUAUUUACCGCCGCCUUGUUAGCUCAGUUGUGAGAGCGCCGGUCUGCCGAGCGGGAGGUCGAGGGUUUAAACCGCGGCCGGAGCAACACUCAGGGUCUUUAAAGUAAAUGAGAAGAAAGUGCUGCCUUUGUAAUGACAUCUGCAAAUGGUUAGACUUUCUAGUCUUUUCGGAUAAGGAAGAAAAACCGUUGGUCCCGUCUUACAGCACUUUCGCUGAUUUGUUCUUGUGGGACGUAAAAGAACCUACAUCACUAUUCGAAAAGAGUAGAGGUCGUAGACCCCGGUGGUGUGGCCAACCUUUGCGGGUUGUGGGAUUGGGUAGGGAUGGCACCUUGCAUGGGACCUAUGACUCCCGUUCGUGCACAUUCCCUCUGGGCAGGCUUGUGUCCAGAAAAGCUGGUAAAAUAAAAUAAAAAAAUAAAUAAAAUUAGCACACAGUCUACUGUAGGCUGGGCCAACAGUGUAUUUAGUAAGCGCCGGGCAUAUUUCUAUUUUAUUUCAUAUUUAUGUUCUAUUAAUCAGUCUUAUUUUGUUUUUAUGACAGUCUGGUUCGAGCCUACGUGUUUAAUGAAAGCAGAGAAACCCUUUCUUUCUGAUGCGUGGCAUAAUAUAACCUAUAUAUCACCAAAUAUAAAGGAACUAAGAUCAAUGAACUCUACAUUAAUGAAACAACAACAAGAACAGCCAAGAAACCUCAGUGAGGAGGAGGAUACUGAUAGAGAUCGUUCUUUAGACAGUGUUAUCACCGAGUGUUUAACUCUAUGUAAACCGCUCUUGAAACACAUACAUUGUGUAAUAGUUACAUUAGGCAAACAUGGAGCCUUGGUUUGUAGAGAUACUACCGCUGAUACUCCAUUCCCGACGGCUCAUUUUUCAAGUCACGCUCCAACGCGGCAACACAGUUUAGUGUCAGCGCGGCAUUUUCCCGCCUCGGCCCCAGGUGGUCACGUGCAAAAUGGUAACGUCACAGGCGCAGGUGACAGGUAAGAUGUUGGGAUGUAUUUUACCAUUAUAGCGUCAGAUACCAUCCCCCUUCAAUAGCCAUUCUUUUGGUGUCUGUAUACGGGGGUAUUUGACAGUUCAUAGCUACACUAGUUUUGGAAUUCACAAUCCAUUGAAAAAUUUUAAAGUGAACAUGAUCUUCGCAGUAGAACGACAACCUAAAAAGCGUUCAUUCUGCUGUGAAGGUCAUGUUCAUUUUUUUCACUUUGUGUGAUAUUAGACGGAUAGAGGCGGGACACCUGGGCGGGAUGAUGAGUUUAAUAGAUAUUCUUCAAAACGAAGUUAUCAUCCUUCGAGUUGUAUUUUUGCUGUUCUUGCCACGUUUUUUGGGCAGUGGUUUAGCUUGGUUUUGCUAUUUCUUCGCAAAAUGUGUGGAAUUUUCCGCCAUUUGUCCCAGCUCUACCAAAACCAAAAUUUCUUGCUGAGUUACUCAAGCCUAAUCUUGUCCCCAGGGACUUCCCGGUUGCCGUCCCUUUUUGUGUCAAUAUUCUGUACAAUUGACGUCAUUGGUACCAAAAUCUUAAGCAUCUUCCAAAUUUGGUCAACGCUAGCUCGUUAUGUAGAAUUAGUUGGGAGAUUUGCGUCAAUCAGAAACGAAAAUGCUUGAAUGCAAUUGGAACUGAGAAUACAGUACGAUAUAAUAGCUUUAUUAACCAGUCCUAAGAGGCUAUUAUUGGUUAAUUUGCAAUAAUGAUAAGACUUUAAAUUACAAGAAAAAAAAAUAUAUAUAUAUAUAUAUAAACUACAAGAAAAAUACUUAAUAAUCUACUAAUGAAUUAUAUAAGACUAGGUAUAACUAAAAAAUAAAAAUAAAAUAAUAAUAAUAAUGAUAAUAACAGAUAUCGAUAGCUAUUUACAAUCGUGAAAUUUCUUGCCUUGCGCCUUUCUUAAUUGGUUUUAAGCUGUGCUUGUUGUGAAUCAGCAGAAAGUUAUAAUUAACUAUAGUAUAUUUCACAAGUUUUUGUUAAAAUCAUAAAAGUUAAUUUACAAUUCUCCUGAUUGCUGUUUUCUUUGAAUUUUCAGCUUUGCUGCUGCAAUGGCUUCUUUUAUAAUCCGGGGCCAGCCUCCAGUUUUAUGCGUAAAAGCAGGGAUGCUAGCGGCACAGUAUUCUCUUCAGUCACAGGACGCCAUUGCACCGACGGUUUUUCCGGAGAAUUUCACACCUGCAAAUGUUGAAGACUGUAUCCCAUGGCAACCUAAGGACAUAGAUAUUGACAUUUCCUAGCACGUGAACAGCAGGAGACUCCCACGUGAUCGCUACAGUACUGGACGCCUCCUUGUUUCCAGAGAAUUCUUUACCUGGAGAAUUUCGCACCUAAAAAUGUUGAAGAUUACAUCCCAUGGCAACCUAAAGGCAUAGAUAUUGACAUUUCCUAGCACGUGAACAGCAGGCGUCUCCCACGUGAUAGCUACAUCACUAGGCGCAUCCUUUCUCCCAAGUUUCUCUCUAUCGUAGAAAGGAACCUUGGGAACGAGGGUGAAUUUUACACGUGAAAACUUCAAGACUUGAUACAACGGCAACCGAAUGACAAAAGAUGUUGAAGUUUUCUUACUGGGGAACAUGCGUUCUGCGCCGAGCCCUUAGGAACCCACUUGAGCCGAUCAGUUUCGCAAUACAUGUAACGCGGUUGAAAGCAAUAACCAAAAACUUCCGAACCGUCUUGCUUUGCUUUUUCUUCAGCAAGGUGGUUUGUAGCUGUGAACAAACAGCAGAGACGGAGCACAUUAUGUUCGUGAACGUGUCUCAGAGACUGUACAGCACUGAGCCUAAACGUUUAAAAACUACUUCACUAGUGGUGACAUUAUAAAAUCGUAAACUUCUUUGUUACUUUAAUUCACACAAUGGCUGAAUUAUAUUGUAGUUGUAUAAGCCGUCACCAGGUAAUUCUUCAGCAAGAAGAAUAUAAACUAAACAAGAAACCUAAUAUUUAAUAUUCAAUAACUGCAAGAACCUACUUUUUAAACAAUAACCUGCACGCCAAUUAGCUCUUUAAACACGUGCGAUUAGCUCCCUCUGGACCAUGAUGGGCACAUUUUAAGUGACGAUGUUUUUGUUACCAAUGGUUAUGCUCAUGAGCUAGCCUGAAUUUCAUCCGAUUACUUCGAGUCGUUAUUACUCCCUCAGUAACGUCUGAAUCGACCGGCCGUUAAUGCCGUCCAGUGACGUCACUACUCCUUGACCUUUGCCUUAAUUCAUGCAAAAAGUAAAACACGAUUUUUAAGGGGCAAAUCGAGAAAUAUCGCUUGGAAAUGCCGGUCUGCAUGAUACAGAACUGCUUUAUUUUUUCGAUCGUAAUUCAUGUUUAACGUUCAAACUAUCAACUACAUGCAAUACAUGUACAACUCUGAACCGGUUGUACUAAAUUCUACAAUCAAACUCGGUCGCAAUCGCGCAAUGAAAUAAACACACAAACGGAACACUUAGUUCAAAAACACAAUGAUUUGCUUUAAUUGAAAAGAAGCUAUUUGGUCCUUAACGAAGAAAAAAAAACAAGGAGACAAGACAGAAAAGCUAACAGAAUCAUUACACUUGACGGUAAAAAUAGCAAGAAGGUCGAAUUAUAACAUUGAUCUCAGAAAACUUCGCGUAAACAAAAUCACCGGCCGCCGAAACCACAAAUCGGCUCUAAAUGAAAAACCUACCGACUCUCCGCAAUGAUUCUUCAUUCGCAGUUCAAUUUAGCAUUUCAGUUUCAAAGACAAGGGCAAUUUUGCUGUUUAAGAUAAAGAUUAAGCUUACAGAAAUGUUUGUACUAAACGAAAGAAUGCCAAGGAUGCGAUCCGCUGAAUACCAAGCGACAAUCCCGCCAAAUUUUUCAUAAUUAUACAUAAUUAUGCGAAUGUUUAGACAAUCAACCAAUCAAAAUCACUACCCGGUUUUCGGGUAGUGAGUGACGUCACUGGACGGCAUUAACGGCCGGUCGAUUCAGACGUUGUUGAGAGGAGAAAACGACUCGAAGCAAUCGGAUGAAUAUCAGGCUACUCAUGAGCAAGACACGACAAAUGUUGGGUUGUACACUCAUGUCCAUGCGCGACCGAAGUGACCUUGAACAGCGUAGUGAACACGGAGUUGCUGCGUGGCAAAAACCGAGUGAUUUUGUAUAUCAAGCUCAAAUUUCCAAGGAUAACUAAUAUUGCUAUGCUCUUUCGAUAUUCAAAAAUGUUAUUUCAAUAGUUAAAUCAGAGAAUGAUAAGCAUGCAUAAAUGAGGCAAAAAAUGUAACUGAACAAAGUUCCGCCUGUUCUAACUGACUCAGUAAUACGUUAAUAAGACAAGACCUGGCUCCUGUUUCUGAUAAAGCAAGUUUUCUGGCUUCGUUAUUCUCCCUUAUCACGACUAUAUCAGCG